CGGCGCGGGCGCGUCGCCCAGCGCCCUCCCGCGGCCCCGCCGCGGCUUCUCCACUGCGGUCUUCUCCUUCGAGGCGCGCGGGCAGGCGCCGGAGCAGACGCUCUUCGUAGUCGGGAUGGACGAGGGGAAGUUCUUCGGGCAGGACAGCGCCGAGGAGGCUCUGAAGCUGCUCGAGCGCGUCAUGGAGCACAACAAGAGCUACCACCUGCUGCUCGGGCUCAGCAAGCGAGACCUGGACAGGAUAGAUGAGGAGCACAAGGUGAAGGAGAAGCGCCUGACGGCAAGCCGCACUCUGGAGGGCAAGAGACACGCGGAGUUCAUCCCGGUCGUGCAGGCCUCCCAGAUCGACAAGAACCCUUCCAAAGCCCUGGACCGCAUCUUGAGGACCACGCAGGCGCGGGUCGCGUGGAAACUCUGGCAGACCCCGCGGGAGGCGCUGCACCUGUAUCGUGGGUCGACGGGUUGGGCCUUCUUCCAGAGGAAGAAGUACAAGAACGAUGCGUCCCGCAGAUUUUGGACCAGGCACCCGCGGGGGGGCGCGGGGCCGGCGGGUUUCAACGAGCGCUCGGAGCUCAUCGCCAUCCGCGCCAUCGAGCACCUCGCGGCGCUGCAGGCGCAGUCCCGCGGGGGUACGUCGGUCCUGGUGGUCGGGAACGACGUCUACGCCAUUGUCACGGACAGGAUCCGCUCGAUGUUGGGGGCGGAGGCGCAGGCGUCCCACAGGCUCGGCGACCAGGAGUUCUUGGCCCACUUGCGCAAGGCCAUCGUAGCACUUACCACCGACGUGCCUGAUCUGACGCCUCUGAUUGUCUUUGUCUACGCGGGCCUCCCAUUCCUCGUGGCGCAAUUCGCCCUUCUGGGGGUUCAGUACUGGGCCGACAAGUUCAAAGUGGGUGAGGCAAUCUUCGGUGCUGAGCAUUACCGUGAGUGA